AUGCAAACACAAACACUACUACGUCGCGAUGAAGUUGAAGAACAUGAAAUUCUGCUUCAGGGAACUAUUCGGGCUAUUCGAGAAGCUACAGUUGAGGUCUCUUCCGUUUCAGCUGUAGUGCAUGCACAAGGUGAGGUAAUUGAUAAGAUUGAAAGGAAGAUUUCCAACGCCGAAGGAACUUUGAAAAGAGCUAGUCGGAAACUAACUGCGCUAGUAAGACAGUCAAAGAAACGCAGAGCUGUUUCUAUUUGUUUGCUUGCUAUGACAACUCUUUGUCUAGUCUGUCUCUUUACCACUACCUUAUUUAAACGCUAG